AUGGGCCCCGCUGUGAGCCUGCUCUCCAUUUUCUUGGGGGCCCUGGCCUUUAUCUGCACCGUGGGCGCCAUCUGUACAGACUGCUGGCAGGUGAACAGCAAAGGCUCAGUGGUCCUCAGCAUGCGCUGUCGAGGCCUGUGGGGCGAGUGCGUUUGGGAUAAGUUUGUAAAAAUCUGGACCUGUGACGUCUUCAGCUCUUACCUGAAUCCACAUCCUGGUGCCAUUGUCAUUGCAAGAGCCUCAAUCAUCACGUCUGCUGUCGCAAGCGCUGGAGCCUUCCUCUGCCUCCUCUCAGGAUGUAGGUAUUUCCGCUGCUUCCAAGAGGCCACGGCCAAGUGGCGCUUCCUCUGCCUGUCUGUGGGAUGCGAUCUCUUUGCAGGCCUUUUGUCCUGCGUCGGAGUAAUCCGAUAUUGCCUGUACGUGUUUUUCCAGCACCAAUACGAGGUGUCUCUGAGCAUCCCUGGAUUUCCAAGCUUUGAAUAUGGCUAUUCCCUGUGGAUGGCUAUGGCAGGGGGGCUGGCAGCCCUCAUUGCAGCUGCUGCGUCAUGCUAUGAAGGUGUGCUCCUGAAGACCCUCCACGCAAGCCCGACCAAGGAGCUUGCUGGCCAUGGCCCUGGAAAGACCGCCUGGACAUAUGUGUGA